AUGAGGAGUAUAGCGACCUGCUACAGUGAACAUGCCAUCAAAGUUUCCGAUUCAUAUUGCUCAGGUCCUUCAAACCAGGCCUAUGUCUCCCCAAACAUUACAUCUUCGAUCCCAGAUACAGUUUCCUGUACAUACAAAGUGAAACUCUCCCCUCAAAAGCACCUCUUGAUCACCCUCACUUGGUGCAACAAAUUCAUAUUCCAAGGCCUCAACAUCAAUAUUAGCAGUGAUAACGUCUCUUCUCCUUCAAGAAAAGGUGCUGAUUCCGGCCACCAGCUUCAAGAAAUUAAAGGCACCAGCGCAUUCCAAUCUCGCAAUUCAAAGAUUGAAGUCUUUUGGGAUCUGUCCACUGCUUAUUUUGAUGCAGGCCCUGAGCCGAUCAGGGGGUUUUAUGUUGUUGUUUUGGUGGACUCAGAAUUGGGUCUAGUCCUUGGAGAUAUCAAUCAUAAUGAAGAAGUCAGCACAAACUAUUCGAAGACAAGACUGCCACCACCGAGGCCCUCAUUGGUUUCUCGAAGUGAGCAUUUCUCAGGCAAGACAAUGUAUUCAACCAAGGCACAAUUCUGUGAUACAGGAAAGGCUCAUGACAUCUUGAUAAAGUGUGGUGGAGAUCAAGAAGAUGGAUCAAAGAACCCAGUAUUGUCAGUGUGGAUUGAUGAUAAGAAGAUUUUCCAAGUGAAGAGAUUAAGGUGGAAUUUUCGAGGGAAUCAGAUAAUAUUCUUGGAUGGUUUACUGGUGGAUGUGAUGUGGGAUUUGCAUGAAUGGUUCUUUAAGGAAGAAUCUGGGUGUGCUGUUUUCAUGUUCAGGAUUAGAAGCGGGUUGGAUAGCAGGCUAUGGCUGGAGGAGGAAGACAAGAAUCUGGAGCACAAGGAACAAGAGAGGCCUGAGUUCUCACUGUUGAUCUGUGCUUGUAAGAACCCUGGGUGA